AUGAUUAAGGAAGGUCUAAGCAAUAUUAUGCAUGAAGUUCCACAAUAAACCUAAAAUAACAAUCAUGAUCAAGAGUAGAAAAACUUCUUAGGAUAUCAUUUAAAACCAAUUUUCAAAGAGAGAUCUUUGAGUUCAAAGCAAACCGAAAAAAAUUAAAACAAUUUCGAAUACAAUUACUUUAAAAGCAGAGAAUUAUAAACAACUGUGACAUAAAAUACAAAUGUCGUUGUUAAUACAGGCGGUGGCGGUGGUGGUGGUGGAGGAGGAAGUGGUUCUAGUCUUUCUACUACUAAUACCAUUAUACUUUCUGUUGUCUUUGUGUGCGCUGCUUUAAUAGUAUUUGGAAUAGUAAUAUGCUGCUGUUGUAGGAAAAGAUAACAUAAUUAUCCAGUCUAACAAAAUCCUGCACCAGCCAUCCCUUAUAACCAAGUUUAAGGCAAUGACAGAACUAUUGUUUAGUAUAAUAUUUAAGACCUUUUCAAUAAACUUAAAGCUAAGACUGAUAUCGUUUCAUUGCAACAGCUUCAUAAAAAUGUUAAUCAAUCAGUUUGCUGCUAUUGCCAUGAAGAAUUCGCAGAUUCAAAGAAAUCUAUAAGAAAAUUCAAGAACUGUGUUCAUGGGAUUCAUAGCGAUUGCAUUUUAGAGUUAAUUAGGAAUAUUGUUGAAAACAGAGAAAACUAAGUCCCUGAAUUCAAAUGCCCGUUGUGUCAAAUGGUUAUAGCAAGAAUUUGA